GAUCAUGUUGGGCUGUUGCCAGCACUUCAACUAUGUCAGAUCGAUUAUGUAUAGAGACUAAAGGAAGGAAGGCCGUGUACGUCUCAGAUUCUGACUUACUUUCAUGCUGUGGAGCGUUCUGUGGCUUUGGAAACUUUGAUUGUGUUACUGGACUUUCCUCCAUUUGCUUCAACUUAAGAUGCAGAGGAGGUUCCAAAACUAAAGGUUGGCUCUAUUUUAACAGCACCGGUCUUUGCACUGGCGGAGCAUACGGUGACAAGACUUGCUGCAAGCCAUAUGUAUUUUAUCCCUGUAAAAAAUACGAGAAUCAACCCUACUAUGGGCCAUGUCCGGAGAAUGAACGUUGGGAAACGCCACUUUGCCGCAAAGCCUGUCAAUUCAAAUAUCGCAAAAAUUACGAAGACGACAAGAUUUUUGCUAUGUAACU